AUGUCAUCUUGUUCUAUUGAAAAUCAAAACCCUAACACUCCUUCUUCACCAUGGUCAACGCUCUGGUCAAAGAACAAAAAAGUUUUCGAUCACGCCGUUUUCAGCACCAUUCGCCGCCGUUCUUUCUACCGGAAACCACCACCUACUCCCCGCCGUUCAUCCCCACCGUCACCGGAAUAUUUCACCGCCGUUUCCAAUUUCCCCCAAUUUGAAAAAACCGAAACCCUAGUUCCAAAUUCUUCUCAAAUUGAUUACAUUUCUCAGAUUCCAGAAGCAACCCAGUUGAGGAUUCUGUCUGAAUUUGAAGAAAGUUUUCAAAAGAAGUCAAAUUCAUUGGUUUCUAAAAGCUGGUUGAAUUUGCAGGGUAGUUUAGUGAGGUCUAUUAGGGUUUUUGAUUGGGGUUUUGUUGUUUCGGGGCGGAUGUUUUUGCGGUUUCCGAAUCUUAUUGAUGUUGAUUUGGUUAAUGGCAUUGUUAGUUUUGAGAAAUUGUCGAAAAGUUCGAGCCUUUUUUCGUUAGGAGGUGAGUUUGGUCCGUUUUGUGUCGAUUCAGAUGUUUUUUGUUUAAAGAAUAGUAAUUUACGAGCUGUCGAGGAAGUAGAUUUGGGGUUGAGAAAUUUGAGUAGAGUGUACCCAACUCUGCAAAGACUUGUUGUGAUAAAUUGUAGUGAGAUUGGGUUAUUGGAUGUAGCAGAAAAUUGUAGCACAUUGCAAGAGCUUGCUUUGCAUUGUUGUAAUGAUCAGGUGUUACGCGCGAUUGCAGCAUUUGAUAAUUUGCAGAUAUUGAAGUUGAGUGGGACUGUUGAUGGGUUUUAUAGCUCGUUGGUGUCGGAUAUUGGGUUAACUAUUUUAGCUCAAGGGUGUAAGAGGUUGGUUAAGCUUGAACUUAGAGGAUGUGAGGGGAGCUAUGAUGGAAUUAAAGAUAUUUGUUAAUGUUA